GUCAAAUAAACGUCAAAUCGUCUAGUAAUUGUCGAAAUGAAUAAAAUGGCGGCGAGAGAUUUUAAAAAAUCGACGUUGCUGCAACUAUACGCACGCGCAACGGCGCCGAGCAGGGACUAUUACGGUUUAACAAUUGGAGAAUCGUUUUUAUGUUUGAACGUUUGGAAAAUCACCCACGGGCCCCAUUCGUUUCCCAAGCGAAAAAUAUGCGAAAUCGACGAUUUUCUCGACGAUAAACAUCUACAAGAAGAAAUAAAAAACAAUUUCGGUCGGAACGUGUUCGAUUAUAUAAAAAAUUUGAUCGACAACAAGAGAACAUUGGAAAAUCUCCCCGCUCGACCUUUUUUACUUAUUCUCCGCUAUCUGAAAAUCAACGACGUCUUAACAUUAUCCAGAACGAACAAAAUAUUUUACGAGCUAUGUAACAAAGAAGAAGUUUGGCAAUUGAUGUUCGGGAAAAUGUUGCGCAGAUCGCCUUCGGCGGAGGAAAAACGCAUGGCCUUCGAAUGCGGUUGGAGAGAGACCUUGAGGAGGCGAAUGUCUUACAUUAAACAAGCUCUAGUUGCGGCUAAAAAUAGAGCGGCGGCUCCAGCACACGUGAAAUUGAAAAAACAGGUCUCGAAACCAACGAAUCCGCCUAAAAAAUCUCUAAUAAAAGCGAAAUGAAUCUAAAAGGUCAAAUUUUUUAUCGUACCCUGUAUAUAAUUGUGUUGUUUCAUGUUCUCUAAUGAAAUUUGACUCGACGAAUCAGUUUUGUUUCUUAAAUAUACAAAUUAAUACGU